CGAUCACUUGUUACAGUGCGGUUUCGACUCUGUUUCGUAAUAGUCCGGCAGCAUCACACAUUCACACUGUCUUCACACUCAAGUGACGCAAGUAAACAUUUCUUAACCUUGAAAUUAAAACGUGAUAUUUUCGGAAAAACACAUCCUGACCCGCACUAUCACUCGCCAGCUGUCCUGAAUGUCCCCACCAUCAGACCCUGAAUCUUCCGAAGCUUGCCUCGUUUUACCGCCACCUGUCUUGAAUGUCCCCACCAUCAAACCAUGAAACUUCCGAAACUUAGCCUCGUUAACCGCCACCUGUGAUCCUCGCUAACACUCCGUGAGUCCGUGUGGUCGUCGUGUCCAGAAGCUAAAAGGUCCCCACAGCAAAAUGUAUAUAAGCCCCUCCCCACUCGUCACUCUAGUUCCAUAAGCCUAUCCAGUUUUCCCCACAACAAAUUCUACUCAGCAAACAGAACCAGUAUACCAACACUCUCUGCUCUCACAGUUCUCACUAAUCUCAGAUGAGUAGCUUCGGUACGCAGUUCUCAGACUCGAACCAGAAAACCCCAGAUUCAUUCUCCUCCAUAGACAAGCCCGACUCCUCCUCGUUUUCCGACGCCAGCGUCGCCACUCGCCGUUCAUCUUACUCAGACCAAGAAGAAGUCAUAUUGGCCUCGAGCAGGCCUAAGAAGCGAGCCGGGAGGCGAGUGUUCAAGGAGACACGCCACCCGGUCUACCGAGGCGUGAGGCGGAGGAACAACAACAAGUGGGUGUGUGAGGUGAGGGAGCCCAACAAGAAGACCAGGAUUUGGCUCGGGACGUACCCAACAGCCGAGAUGGCCGCUCGGGCUCAUGACGUCGCUGCAUUGGCGCUUCGAGGGAAGCAGGCUUGCCUCAACUUCGCUGAUUCCGUGUGGCGCUUGCCGGUUCCGGCUUCUAUGGACCAGCUCGACAUUCGCAGGGCUGCCGCGGAAGCCGCUGAGACAUUUAGGCCUCAGGAGUUCGGAGGCGUCUCUAGCAGCUGCGACGAUGACAACGAGAGAGAAAAUGAGAAUGGGAAAGUUGAGAUAGAGAACGGAAGGGGGUCCUACGAGGACGAAGAGGCCAUCUUCGACAUGCCGAGGCUGCUUACGAGCAUGGCAGAGGGACUACUGCUCUCUCCGCCUCGUCAUUACUUGGACACUAUGAACUACUGGGGAAUCGAUGAAGUUGAAAGCGAGCAGAACUUCAGCCUGUGGAGCUACUCCAUUUGAGUGGGAUGUAUCUAUGGUUCUGAAGCUAGUAGCUAGUCACUUGGACAACACAAAUUGAAGUGGACGUCUAUGGUUAUUUUUCCGCAUUCUAUUUUCACUUUAGCCCGUCAUCGAUCUAGUAGGGUUCAUUUCCAAAAAAAAAGAUCUAGUAGGGUUGACAACGUGACAUGUACAUAACUUCUACAUAUAAAUUAACUUGAUUCUUUU